GUUCCGUCCCGUCGUCUUUGCCAAGUGAGACUGUUUUCUUUUGUGAAUGUAAGGUGAUUCACCAUCAAUAUUAUUAAAUUAAUAUUUUAGGUCUUUUUCUACUACUUAUUAGGCAACACAAUUUAAAGUUGUUUGUAUGCUACAUCUUGGAUUUUGUAAUAUUUAAACUGCAAAAUAACAAUGGAGUGGUUAUUUGGAAAAAGAGUAACACCUGAGGAGAUGUUAAGAAAAAAUCAAAGAGCCCUGAAUAAAGCAAUAAGAGAUCUUGAUAGAGAAAGAAUGCGAAUGGAACAACAGGAAAAGAAGAUAAUUGCAGACAUUAAGAAAAUGGCAAAAGAAGGGCAAAUGGAUGCGGUAAAAAUAAUGGCAAAAGACCUAGUGAGAACGAGGCGAUAUGAAAAGAAGUUCAUGAUGAUGAAAGCAAAUAUUCAAGCAGUCUCUCUUAAAAUUCAGACCCUCCGUUCUCAAAAUGCUAUGGCUCAGGCCAUGAAAGGAGUUACAAAAGCAAUGCAGAAUAUGAAUAGACAACUGAACCUGCCUCAGAUCCAGAGAAUACUGCAGGAGUUUGAGAAGCAGUCUGAGAUGAUGGAUAUGAAGGAGGAGAUUAUGAAUGAUGCCAUUGACGAUGCUAUGGAGGACGAGGGAGACGAGGAGGAAAGUGAUGCCGUUGUGGCACAAGUACUAGAUGAACUGGGCCUGCAGUUGGAUGACCAGUUGUCUGGUUUACCUCAAGCAUCUGCGUCCCUCAGCGUGGCUGGUGGAAAGACCGCUGUGGCAGCCACAGCAGGAGGGGGUGGCGGGGCCGCACCAGUCUCCGAUGCAGACGCCGACCUACAAGCUCGUCUUGACAACCUGCGUCGUGAGUAAAUGAUCACGACAAUGUCUAUUCUGUACAUUACCUGUAAUAAAGCUUUGGAUUAACGAAUGAUGAGCAAAGGUAUGGUAAAGUUCCAUUGUAAAGUUGCCUAAAUAAGUGCAAACCUUUUUAAUACUAAGUCUUGUGAAAAUUUUAUUACUGCUACUUGUAAAAAGUGUGAAUAAACUAACCCUUUUUGUAAGUUCCACCGUUGAAAAUUAUUGUAAUUAUAACUUAAAAUCAGUUUGCUAGUAAUCGUUGU